CCCCGCGAGCACAUGACUCGCAAUGGCCGCGGCCGCCGCUCGUUAAGCUUCCCCCCUCCUCCUCCCCUCCCACAGCCUCCAUUCCCCCCGAGUGUCCCCCCCCCCCCCCCACACCCAUCCCCGGUCCCGUCCCUUUUCCCCUUCCCUUUUUUUUCCCGGCUCCCCCCCCACCCCGUUUCCACUCCUCCACCCCAAUUUACCUCGCACUUUAGGCCGGGUCGCUCCGUGCCGCCGCCAUGCAACAGCAGCAGCCGCCGCCACCGGGCGCUUCCCGGGUUUGAGGGUCUCGGUGUGAAGGCUCGGUGAUCAGUGCCGCAGGAGCCGGUGCCGCCAGAGCGAACAGCUGCCGGGCAGCGCGUCGCCCGUGGGCCCCAUGCUCUGCUCGGCCCCCGUGCCCCGCGCCUGAGAGCCCCCCACCCCACACCGGAGAGCCGCCACCAUGGCCAGCAACAGCAGCUCCUGCCCCACGCCGGGAGGGGGGCACCUCAAUGGCUACCCAGUGCCCCCCUACGCCUUCUUCUUCCCCCACAUGCUGGGGGGGCUCUCGCCUCCCAGCACCCUGGCCGGAAUCCAGCACCAGCUGCCCGUCAGCGGAUACAGCACGCCGUCACCCGCCACCGUGGAGACGCAGAGCACCAGCUCCGAGGAGAUCGUGCCCAGCCCCCCUUCGCCCCCGCCGCUGCCCCGCAUCUACAAGCCCUGCUUCGUCUGCCAGGACAAGUCCUCGGGCUACCACUACGGGGUGAGCGCCUGCGAGGGCUGCAAGGGCUUCUUCCGUCGCAGCAUCCAGAAGAACAUGGUGUACACGUGCCACCGGGACAAGAACUGCAUCAUCAACAAGGUGACGCGCAACCGCUGCCAGUACUGCCGCCUCCAGAAGUGCUUCGAAGUCGGCAUGUCCAAGGAGUCCGUCCGCAACGACCGGAACAAGAAGAAGAAGGACGUGCCCAAGCCGGAGUGCUCGGAGAGCUACAUCAUCACUCCUGAGGUGGAGGAGCUCAUUGAGAAGGUGCGCAAAGCUCACCAGGAGACCUUCCCUGCCCUCUGCCAGCUCGGCAAAUACACUACGAACAACAGCUCGGAGCAGCGGGUCUCGCUGGACAUCGACCUGUGGGACAAGUUCAGCGAGUUGUCCACCAAGUGCAUCAUCAAGACGGUGGAGUUUGCCAAGCAGCUCCCCGGCUUCACCACGCUCACCAUCGCCGACCAGAUCACCCUCCUCAAAGCCGCCUGCCUCGACAUCCUGAUCCUGCGGAUCUGCACGCGCUACACGCCGGAGCAGGACACCAUGACCUUCUCGGACGGGCUGACGCUGAACCGCACGCAGAUGCACAACGCCGGCUUCGGGCCCCUCACAGACCUGGUCUUUGCCUUCGCCAACCAGCUGCUGCCGCUGGAGAUGGAUGAUGCCGAGACGGGGCUGCUCAGUGCCAUCUGCCUCAUCUGCGGAGACCGUCAGGACCUGGAGCAGCCUGAUAAAGUGGACAAGCUGCAGGAGCCGCUGCUGGAGGCGCUGAAGAUCUACGUGAGGAAGAGGAGGCCCAACAGGCCCCACAUGUUCCCCAAGAUGCUCAUGAAGAUCACGGAUCUCCGCAGCAUCAGCGCCAAGGGCGCCGAGCGGGUGAUCACGCUGAAGAUGGAGAUCCCGGGCUCGAUGCCGCCCCUCAUCCAGGAGAUGCUGGAGAACUCGGAGGGCAUGGACACGCUGGGGGGGCAGGCGGGCAACCUGGGCCCCCCCCCGGGGAGCUGCAGCCCCAGCCUUUCGCCCAGCUCCAACCGCAGCAGCCCGGCCACUCACUCGCCGUGACCCGCGCCCGGCGCGCGCCAGGACAGAGCCCGGCAACGCCGGCACACGCAGCCCCGGGGGGGGGUCACGACACCCUGUGCCU